AUGCUUAGAGAGAGUGCAAUAAGUGAUGAAAAGACAGCAAAAGAGUGAAUAAUUGGUUAUAAAAAGUAAUCAUUUGUUUGUCGAGUAUUCAUCUGAAAGUGAUUUACAAUUACUUGCGAUUCGUAUGAAUGCAUAGAAAAUGAGCUCAAAUUCAGUGCAAUUAAGUCAACAACAGUUCAAAAUCGUGUUAUUAGGCGAGGGGUGUGUGGGGAAGACCUCAAUGAUGCUGCGAUACUGUCACAACAAAUUCAAUGACACUCACGAGUCGACACUUCAGGCGUCGUUUCUGACCAAAAAGUUUAUCGUAAACAACACUCGAGUCCAGCUGUCCAUUUGGGACACGGCAGGUCAGGAGCGGUUCCACGCGUUGGGUCCCAUCUAUUACAGGGACUCCAACGGAGCGGUUCUCGUGUACGACGUGUCGGACGCCGACUCCCUCUCCAAAGUCAAGUCGUGGGUCAAAGAGUUGCGCAAAAUUCGCGGCAAUCAUGUGGUGCUCGCCAUCGUCGGCAAUAAGACAGACCUCCUGUCACCGCAACAGCAGCACAACAUCGCCGACAACGAGAUCAUAGCCGAGGCCCAGAAGUACAGCCAAUCGGUGAACGCCAACCAUUACUGCACGUCCGCGAAGACCAACAAAGGCAUCGACGACCUCUUCCUCGACUUAACUCACAAAAUGUUGGCACAAAACCAGUUACUUCACGAACAAACACAAGUCAAGUCCCGGUCCACCACUUCCGGCUCCAGUCAGAGAGGCCUCACAAUAGCUGCCGACCCGCCCACUGACGAGGAGAGCGCCGACACCCGAAGGAACAAGUGUUGCUAA